AUGUUAUUUAAACAAAUUCUCUUUCCAGCACCGUAUCCACCCCAAUAUUCAUUAACAUCGCAUAAAAAUAAACUUUUCUGGUUGCCAGCUACCCAAGAAAAGUUGGCAGGAUCGCAAAUACCCUGUAUGCUCUAUUCACCAAUAGGUGAAGCGAAUUUUUUUGUCAUCUGGUGUCAUGGCAACGGUGAUGACAUUGGUAGUAUAGACAUGGCUAUGAACACAUUGAGUCAACGAAUUCAAGCACAUGUUAUGGCUUUUGAAUACCCUUCUUAUGGUCUAUGUAAGAGAUCAAUAGAACCUACUGAAGAGACAAUCAAUAAUCAUGCCGAACGUGCAUAUUCGUUUGUACGUGAUACACUUCGAUGGCCAUCCGAUCGAAUUCUCAUCUACGGACAUUCAAUCGGGAGUGGUCCCGCAUGUCAUCUUGCUGCUACAAAAGCAGUCGGUGGACUCAUUCUAAAAUCGCCUUAUAAAUCUUUAAGUCAUCUGAUUCAAGAAAAAAUCUGGAUAUUUUCAAAGCUUUUCAGUAUUCCAAAUUGGAAUAAUCUGGAAGCCAUAAAACAUAUUCGUUGUCCGAUACUCUUUAUACAUGGGCAACGUGACAAUUUGAUCCCUUUUCAUCACUCAAAAGCGUUGUACAAUUCAUUAAAUCAUAAUGAGAAAAAGCGAUUAGUCUUAUUACCAGAUGAUGAUCACAAUUCGAUACCUGAUUCGAUAUUUCUUAUGCAUGUGGAAAUAUUUCUCAGGGAAUAUUUUUCAUCGACAACAGAAUCCAUGCCUCAAGUCAAAAUUUCGUCAGCUUUAUUUCAUCUGCCACUAAUGAUUUAA